AUCGCGUCCGGCCCGGCCCGCUCGGAUCGCCGUGUGCGGACGGGCCGCCGAGGAGGGAGGCUGCCGCGGGUCUGUCUCCUCCUCCUCCUCCCCCCGCCGGUCAGCUCUGCGCCGGCUGCAGCUUCGUUCGCCUCGCUCGCCGUCGUCGGGCGCGGAGUCCGGCAGAGACGUGCCCGGCUGGAUGGAGCCGCCGCUCUGAUCGCCUUCCUCGGCGUCGAUCUGCUGCCGCUGCCGCCGCCGGGAGGAGCCAGGAAGGCAGGCACGAUGCUGCCGGGGGAGCCGCGGACCGCGCCUCCGCCUCGCAGGAGCUGAGGAGGAAGGAGGACGGCGGCGGCGGGGCGGGCUGGCCGGCCGGCCGAGCGGGGAUUCUUGAGGCGACGCGGCGGACGGGCAGAGGCGCCCCGGAGGGUCUCAUCGGAGCUGCUUGCGCGCCGCCCGCGGGUCCGAGGGAUUUGCCUACCAUGAUUGUAGCCGGCGUCUUCUGCCUCUUCCUCGCUCUCGAUAAGGUGUUCCACACCUGGGCUGGUCCUUCCUCCCUGCCUGCCCAGGAGCCACAUGGUUGGCGGACCCCAGUGGACUGUGUCCGUGCCAAUGAACUCUGUGCCUCUGAGUCUAGCUGCAGCUCGCGGUACCGCACCCUGCGUCAGUGCGUGGCUGGCCGUGACCGCAACACCAUGCUGGCCAACAAGGAGUGCCAGGCAGCCCUGGAGGUGCUGCAGGAGAGCCCGCUUUAUGACUGCCAUUGUAAGCGUGGAAUGAAGAAGGAACUCCUGUGCCUUCAGAUCUAUUGGAGCAUCCACCUUGGCCUGACGGGGGGAGAAGAGUUUUAUGAAGCUUCCCCCUACGAGCCAGUCACCUCUCGUCUCUCUGAUAUAUUCAGACUCGCUUCAAUUGUCUCAGGAAUGGAUCCUGCCACCAACUCCAAAAGUAACCACUGCCUAGAUGCAGCCAAAGCCUGUAACCUGAAUGACAACUGCAAGAGGCUCCGUUCAGGCUACAUCUCUAUCUGCAACAAGUCCUAUGACAACUACCGCUGCAACCGCCGCAAGUGCCACAAAGCCCUGCGCCAGUUUUUUGACCGAGUGCCCAGCGAGUAUACCUUUCGGAUGCUUUUCUGUUCUUGUAAGGACCAAGCCUGUGCGGAGCGCCGCCGACAAACUAUUGUCCCUGACUGCUCCUAUGAAGAAAAGGAGAAGCCAAACUGCUUGGACCUUCGGAGCCAGUGUCGAUCGGACCCGCUCUGUCGGGCAAGACUGGCAGAUUUUCACACAAAUUGUCAAACAUCUUUCCAGUCACUUACCAGCUGCCCUGGGGAUCAUUAUCAGGCAUGUCUGGGUUCCUAUGCUGGCCUAAUCGGGUUUGACAUUACGCCUAACUACAUCGACGCAAGCAUCGCCAGCCUCACCGUGUCCCCAUCAUGUUCCUGCCGGGGCAGUGGCAACAUGGAGGAGGAUUGUGAGAGGUUCCUGAGAGACUUCACAGAGAACCCCUGUCUCCGAAAUGCAAUUCAGGCUUUUGGCAAUGGCACAGAUAUCGGCCCUCCCCCCAAGAACCCUCCGUUGCCCCCCGUCAGCCCCUCUCCCAAGAUGGAGAAGAGUCCUCCUUUGCCAGAUGAUAUCAAUGACAGCAACACCAUCUAUGACACAAGUAUGAUCACCACUUGCACCUCCAUUCAGGAACAUGGGACGAAGCUAAACAAGUCCAAAGAGCAGAGUCUUUGCUUCUCAGAGAAAUCGCUGACCACCGAUCUCAUGCCAGAACAGAAAUUUGUGGACACAAAGGGAUCCAGCAGUCGACAUUGCAUCUCGGGGACCCUCUCUGCUCUCCCCUUUCUCCUUGUGAAAGUGGCUUUGUAAAGGAAAAAUGGAUUGAGGAUGCCCAGGGGGAAGCAAAGUGAAACACACAGACACAUACACGCACACGCACACGCACACACACGAACACACACAGAGUCUUUCUCUUCCUCCCCCUUUCUCUCUCUCUCUCUCUCUCUCUAACACACACACACACGCAGUUUCACCUGCCAGAACUCUCCUUUGGCUUAUUCUCUUCUGGAGUGUCAGCUUUUGAGAAGGCAUAAUAUUUGCAGAAGGUGGUGCAAGACACUUUUAAUGGUGCAAGAAGAGCUAUGCAGAGAGAAGCCUGAAAAUGCGGAGAGACCCCAGCCUGGGAAUUUUGGCUAAUUUCUUUUUAAGCAUUGUUGGUUCCAAGUGUCCUAAGCAAGAGUCAUGUCAAAAGGGAAUCCAAAUUGUAUUCAGGAGAAAUGCACCUGUCUUUGGAAACACCUAGAGUCUGAUGCUGCGAGGAGAGACUUAGCGGAGUGUGCAGGAAGAGUCUCAAAUUGCCACGUUGCUCUGCAGGGCAAAAGGCAGCAAACCUCUUGUCUAGUCCCCCCACCCUUACCUAGUCUCUCUCUGCUGCUUGAGAAUUUGGUUUCCUUCCUGUCCUAAAUCAAGUCUGGCUUUCAUUGAUCCCCAGGGGACCCACAGAAGUGUCUUAACUCUCCAGUGUGUCUUGGGGAAACCUUCAGUAAGGUGAAGAUUUGAGCAGGGCUUCUGCUGGUCUGCUGCUGCUGUGGCAACCUACAGGCUGGAAGUCCUGCCACUGAACACAGCCACGCCUUGUGAAACGAGGAGAAUAUUUGCCAGUUUUUAGGGAGAUUCUCUUUCUACUGUUGUUUCUGCCCCCUAACACACCAUUUUUCUAAGGUUUUAAAGUCUGAGGGAAAAAACCCUGCCUUCUGUUACAAGGUUGCCCCUGAGUGAUGUCCUUGGGGAAACAUUUUUUCCCCUUUCUGUUGGGUUCUAGUGGGAUGAAAGUAGCUCUAUCUGGCAGCCAAAUGUACUUUAUUUUCUGAGUUCCCUUUCCACUGAUUAUAUACAUAUCUAGCAUAUGUAUAUAUAGAGACCUGUAUCUCCAUAUACGUAUGUAUAUACAUAACCAUAUACAUUUACCAAAUGGCUUUCUUUUCCUUUCCUUUUUUAAAUGAUAAAAAGCAACAACAAUAUCAACAACAAAAAUGUAUUAUUGUAAAGUUUAUUUUUUGUAAACGUCUACCAUGGGGGUUGGGGGAACCACCCCAGGGGCAAUACAGAGAUCUUAGCAGCCCUGUUGACACUGGGGCAUUGGCAGAAGAGGAGCAACUGGAAUGCUUAACCGAUCGCUAAAAUAAACAUAACAAGAUGCAAACUG